AAAAAAGAAGACGAAUUUAACCUCCAAUUAAAUGUCAAAUAGUCUAUUAAUUAGUAGUUUAAAAUUUUAAACGAUUGUAAUUGUUUUAUAGAAACCUGGUACUAUACUCCCAGUGUUAUCAAUUCUAGUGUAUUGCAGUAGUUGCAAUAAAAAAUGCAUGCAAUAUGGUUCCUUGCAUUUCUACCGGUGUUUCUGAUAGUCCUGUACAUAAAACCAUCACCAAAAAAAAGCAUCAAAGGCAAGCACGUUGUUAUAAUAGGGGGCUCCAGUGGUAUCGGAAGGAGUACUGCGCGUGUAGCAGCUAAAACUGGAGCUCACGUUACUAUCAUGGCGAGAAACAAGGAUAAACUCGAAGAAACGAAGAAAUACCUCAACAGCCAACUUAGGAGCAACGAGCAAAUAAUCACCACAGUUUCCGUGGAUGUCUCCAAUUACGAAGACCUGGAAAAGUGUUUGAACGAUGUAGAAUUGGAAAUCGGCCCGAUUUACAUGCUCAUCAACUGCGCCGGUUUAGCCAUUUGCGGUAACGUGGAAGACUUCUCGUUGCAGCAAAUCAAACAACUAGUCGACAUAAACUUCCUCGGAAGCUUGUAUUCGGUUAAAGCCGUUGUUCCGAAAUUCAAAGAGCGCCAAGAAGGGAUUAUUGUACUGACCGGUUCGCAGGUGUCUCUAAUGGGCAUGUUCGGGUAUUCGGUGUACUCGAGCACUAAAUUCGCUCUAAGAGGCCUCGCUGAAUCCCUUUAUAUGGAAGUCAAACCGUACAAUAUUUCUGUAACUUUAGCUUUACCUCCGGAUACUGAUACUCCGGGGUUCGAGAAUGAGAAUAAAACUAAACCCCUCGAAACGAAACUCAUAUCGGAAGUAGGAGGCCUUGUUGAUCCUGAUGUUGUAGCCGAAAGGCUUAUGCAGGAUGCAUUGACGGGGAAGUUCUUCAGCUACGUAGGAAUGGAGUCUUUUAUUUUAACAACGCUUUGUACCGGGAUGAGUCCUUUUAAAAGGAUUAUUGAUGUGCUGGUAGAGUCUGCUCUUUUGGGACUUCUGAGAAUAAUAAGUGCCUUCUAUAUAACGUCUUUUGAGAGUAUUAUUAAAAAAUGCAAAAGCGAAAAGGAAGCGUCGAAUAAAGAAAAAUCCAAUUAAUUUUUGGGGGUGUUUGUAGUUUAAUAAAAUGGGGCCAGUACUGUCACUUGCAUUUAUUAAAUUAGGCGCAUUUUCACUUGUAUAUGGGGGUGUUAUUUGUAAGCUUUGUAGUUACUAAAUAUUUAAAAAUUUGCUUUAUGACUGUUAAAUUUUUGUUAUUAAAUUGGCAAUGAAGACUGAGAAAGGAGGCUAAAUUGUAUGUAAAAAUUAAAAUAAAAUAAACUUUGC